AUGUCUCCAGUCUCCUCUCGCCUCAGGCGCGUCCGAUCCUCAUCGGAUUCCCUCGUCCCAACAUCGACCCGAACGCGCCCUGGCGUGGGCUACUACGACCAGGUAGAGAGACUGCUUAGCCUCACAGUUUCAGUAUGUUCCUUUGAUCCCAUUUCAUCGGAGUUACAUCACCAUCGGACCUUAGCUAACAGCUUACAGUCUGGCUGCAGCGACUCUGAUGGCCAAGUCAAUGACCCCUCCCCUGAUGUGCUCGAGACUGAGCAUGUUCAUCCGUGCUCUGACUCGAGUUCGAACGACCACGAUGUCGGCAAUGACGCGGACAUUGACACUGAUCCAAAUUCAGAGCCUGAUUGUGACUGUGACUCUGACUCCAACAACAACGACAAGGACAACCACAACGACGAAUAUGGGGCUGUUUCUGAGUCCAACCCAAAUCCUAGCCCUAGCUCUGAUAAUACAGCCGACAUCAGUGUCGCGCCAAACAAUGAUGAUAAUGUCUGUACCGUGCGCGUCCGCGUUGAACCCAAUGGCCCCGCUGUCCUUAUCCCUGUGAAUGACUUCAGGGCCUUGGAGGAAGAGCGUCUCGAGCGCGACGAGUACAUCAGGCGCAUCGUGUUGUAUCCGCUUCCUUCGGAGGAUCAUGUUACAAGCAGGACUGGCGAUAGUGAUGGUGAUGGUGACGGCAAUAGCGACAGCAAUAGGAUUGUUACGCCAGAUUCCAGCUGCCAGGGUACCCCGAUUACCUUUGGUCACUUGCCACCCAGCGACAAUGCUCCCUGCCGCCUUUCUGCACCCACUUGUCCUGGAAAUGAAGUGACCGGCCAUUUCGUGAAGGCGACUCAAAUCCGCAGACUCUGCCGCCUACAGCAAACGCUCCUCUAUUCCAAAAGGAUAUGGAUUGAUGGGGCCUGGUUGCGCUCCAGCCGGGAUGCUUCUGACGCGUUGUAUUAUGGGGAUGAUCUGGGCCCAGGGCUGAGCAGGACCAUGGUGGAGGGGCUCUUUGUUAGCAGCAGUAACGACCAGGGACAGGACCUUACCGAGACUGGGGGCCUUACUGGGGCCAUGGAUCGGCUGCAGGUUAUUGAAGAGGAGGACGAAGAGGAAGAAGGGGAAGAAGAGGAGGAGGAGGAGGAGAAGGAGGAGGAAGAAGAGGAGGAGGAGGAGGAGGAGGAGGAGAAGGAGGAGCACGGUGAGGAUGACGAUGAGGAGAGUGAUGAUGAGCGCAGUCCCGACUGGAAGAGCGAUGACAAGAAAAUGGACGAUGAAGACAGUGACGAUAAUGGCGGGGUUGGCAGGCAAGAGGAAUCCAAGCCCACUACCGACGACGAGUAUCUCGACACCACGACAUCGUCCACGACGACCAACACUACCACCAAGAACAACACCAACGAUAACAGCAACAACGGCACAGACAGCCGCCAAAACACCGCCAUCACAUACGACGACGCGGCUCUCCUUGACUUCCUCGAUGAGUGCAGAACUCGACUCGGCAACAUGAUCUCGCUAACAGACCGGUUCGCAGACGGAGCCAUGGGUGUCGAGGAGCCAGAAAAGGCGCGGAACGCACCUGCCGACCCCGAGUUCAAUGUCGCGGGAUACACCCCGAUCAAAUUCUGGGAAUGGAUGGUGCAGCGGCAUGAAGAGGAGUUCGUGGAUCUUGAGAUGAGAAAAGAGGAACAGGGUCUCUUGGAUUCGAUGUAUGCGUCUGAGGUUGAGACUGAUAGUGACGCGGCGGCCGAUGAUAUUUUUGAGGAGCAGGCGCUGGAGAUGGGAUUGUGA